AUGGCUUUGAAGCUCUGCACAGGCAUAUCGCUUCUACUUGCAAUUAUUAGCAUCAGAUUCUUGUACCUGGAUCUUUCUACUGCAUUCAAGAUCUUCUUGGCUUCAUUCACCUUGCAAUGUACUGUUCUCUUAGGAUAUAAUGCUUUCCUCUAUCCUUUCUUCCUCUCACCGCUACGGCACCUUCCAGGACCAAAGGGCGGUCAUUUCCUGAUCGGUCAGAUGCUCAAUCAGAUCAGAACCCCGGGGCCAGCUGAUAUCUUCAUCUCUUGGACAAAGCAAUGGCCCGAAGCGCCUUUUGUGCGCUACCUCUCUAUGCUAAAUGCUGAGACGCUCAUGGUCAACAAUCUGGAGGCUUUCAAAGAGGUCCAGCAGACGAAGGCAUUCUCAUUCCGAAAGUCACAGUUGGCAGCACGCAUGUUCUCCCCCAUCACCGGACAUGGACUCAUGUUCUCAGAGGGCGAGGAGAGAAAGAAGCAGCGAACCCAGUUAAAUCGGGCGUUCUCAAACCAAAACACUCGUACGAUGCUGCCAGUCUUCCAGCUCAAGGCCAACCAGAUGUGUGAAGCAAUCUGCCGAGACAUGGGUGGAGAGGACGUCAAGCUUGUUGAUGUCGAACCCUACAUCCGAAAGGCAACUCUCGACGUCUUCGUCAUUGGCUCGAUCGGCUGCGAUAUUGACGGCAUCUCCAUCCCUGAAGCGCACUUCUAUGACGUGUACGAGCGCAUAAUCCGCCAGCCUCCUUCUGGCCACGUUCUCACCUUCAUCGAUGGCCAUAUUCCUGUCCGCUCAUGGCUUCCUCUCCCUAGCAACAAGAGGUGGCUGGAGGAUGUUGCCCUUAUCAGGACAAUGCUCCUCACCUGUGUUGAGAACCGCCGUGCCGAGAUGAUUGCCGAGAAGAAGCUCGGUCUCAGUGAGAAGAUGACUGAGCAUCGCGAUAUCUUGACAUUUAUCUUAGAGGACUGCCAAUUCGACGCUACUCAGACCAACUGGACUGAUCUAGAGCUCUUGGAAUACGUAAGCCACGAAACCACUGGAUCUAUCACCAUGUGGAUUGCUCAUAUCCUUGCCACAGAGCCCAAAGUACAGGAGCGCCUCAAGCAAGAAGUCCUCGGUCUCUGCGCGGGCAAGCCUCGAGACUGGAACCCGACCUACGAGGAAACCGAACAUUUGGUCUACGUCAACAACUUCCUCAAGGAGAUGCUCCGCUUCUACUCCCCGGCAAUCUUUCUCCCUCGCGAAGCAGCAGAAGACGUCACCGUCUGUGGAAUCUUCGUCCCCAAGGGAACACAAGUGACUCUCUGCCCGGCUGUGGCACACUUCAAUCCCCUCGUAUGGGGCGAGACCGCUGAAAAUUUCGACCCUGACCGCUGGGCCGACGGCCGCGCAUCAAAGGACUCGUACGCCAUGGAGUCGUUCCUCCAGGGCCCGGCAGGCUGCAUCGCUAAGAACAUGGCUUUGCUGAACGUCAAGAGCGUAAUCUUUGCUCUUGUGCGGAACUUCAAUUUCUCGCCGCGUCCUGGAUAUAAUGGUGUGGUGGAGCUUGCGAAUCCCAACUUUACCCUGCGACCUAAGGGCAGCAUGGGUGUUACGAUGGAGAGAGAGGCGCGAUAG